GCAUGUCAGACCAUUGCCUAGUGCUGGAUUUUCGCACGAAUAGCCGACUAUGGAGGACAGGUUUCUACAGGCCUCAACACUUCCCAUAUCUGGGCCCAGAUUCGAAGCACAGGCCAGCAGCAAUGGCUCCGUCUUGGAUCAUGUUACACCAGACAUGGCUCAUCUGGUCAACCCCUACUGGAGCCGCUUUCCGCCCAUGGACAGCACGAUGAGCCAAAUACUCGGUCUCUUUACACUGGCCAUCAUGGUGGUGUCAUGCUGUGGAAAUGGCGUGGUUGUGUAUAUAUUCGGGGGCACCAAGUCUCUUCGCACGCCGGCCAAUCUGCUGGUUCUCAAUUUGGCAUUCUCGGACUUUUGCAUGAUGGCUUCGCAGUCGCCCGUCAUGAUCAUCAACUUCUACUAUGAGACCUGGGUGCUGGGGCCGCUGUGGUGCGACAUCUAUGCGGUUUGUGGUUCCAUGUUCGGCUGUGUUUCCAUCUGGUCUAUGUGCAUGAUUGCUUUCGAUCGCUACAAUGUUAUUGUGAAAGGUAUAAACGGAACGCCCAUGACCAUUAAGCUCGCCGUGAUUAAAAUUCUAUUCAUAUGGCUUAUGGCUACGUUUUGGACAAUUAUGCCUCUGGUGGGCUGGAGCAGCUAUGUGCCGGAGGGCAAUCUAACCGCCUGCAGCAUUGACUACAUGACACGGCAGUGGAAUCCCCGCUCCUACUUGAUCGUCUAUUCACUCUUCGUUUACUACACGCCCCUCUUCCUCAUUUGUUAUUCCUACUGGUUCAUCAUAGCAGCCGUGGCGGCUCACGAAAAAGCAAUGCGCGAGCAGGCUAAGAAGAUGAACGUCAAGUCACUGCGCUCCUCCGAAGACACCGACAAAAGUGCGGAGGGUAAGCUGGCUAAGGUGGCACUAACCACCAUUUCGCUGUGGUUUAUGGCCUGGACGCCCUAUCUUGUCAUUUGCUACUUCGGACUAUUCAAGAUCGAUGGCCUCACACCGCUGACGACUAUUUGGGGAGCAACCUUUGCUAAAACAAGCGCAGUCUACAAUCCUAUUGUUUAUGGCAUAAGCCAUCCCAAGUAUCGCAUUGUCCUCAAGGAGAAGUGCCCCAUUUGCGUGUGCGGCUCCACGGAUGAACCAAAGGCCGAUGCUCCCGCUGCGGACACGGACACAACCUCGGAAGCAGAAUCGAAGGCUUAAAUACUUUGUGAAUCUCUAUUUAUUAGCAAUUGCCUGCAAAAGGCUUAAAAAUACAUUUUUAAAAAAAAUCGUACGGCUUACAAAGCAGUUCAACUAUCAAGAAACGAUACAAAACUGUUUAAAAAAAUGUUAAGAAAAAGGAAACAGUUCGUAAUAAAGCAUAAUUAGCUCUA